AUGGCCCAGGAAGCAGACCGCAACGCCGAAGACGCCCGCUGGAUGAUGGCCGACCUCGCCCACGUCAAGCUCCAGCUCGCAAAAGCCCAUGAACAGCUCACCUCCCUCCGCGCCGAGGUUGAGCAGCUCCGCCUCCUCCGACCACCCGGGACGCCAACGGCAGGUACAAUUAAGGAGGUGCCUAAUAAGAGCAAGCAGACUCGGACCCGCAUUGGCAUUUAUACCCCCGCGGAGCUCACCGUACUCGGCGAGGCGGCGCUGACCAAGCUGGAUCAGCACGUGCUCGAGCUCUCUGUGCAGGUCCACAACGACGACGCAUUCGAGAGCGCCUUCCGCGAAGCGGGGGCUGCGCGGGUGCGACCGCACUACUAUGAGAUGAGUGAGGCCGAGGCCGGCGUUCUAUUCAACGACACAGGGCUGAGUGCGGGUGAGCGGUGCUAUUGGGGAAUGGUACAGGCGGCGAAUAGUGUCGUAGAGAUGGGGUGGUACUAUGGGAACUGUAUGAAUAGGGUGAUGUAUAGCAUUACGAUGAUGGACUAUUUGGACUGGAGGGGCAUUGCGGGGGAGACUGGGGGAGGGCAGUGA